AUGGUGUGUGAGCCUCAGUAUCUUCUGGAGUUGGAAUACUUUCCUGAACCCCAAAUUGAGACACAUAGUGGUCAACCAAAAGUUCAAACAAAGUGUGGUGAAAAGAAAGUUGAGAUAGAGGUUGGUGAAGCACACAUUGAGUUAGACCUAGAGGAAGAGGAUGUUGUAGUGGCUGAUGUAGAGUCUGAGGUAGUGCCCAAUGUAGAAGCAAAGGUAGAGGGUGAUGUUGGUGUGGAUGUAGAGGGUCAAGUAGAGGCAGAGGUUGAGGCAGUGGGUGAUGUACAUGGUGAGGCAGAGGUUGAGCCAAAUGGGGAGGGAGACAUUCAUGUUGGUGUCAAUGUAGAGGGUCAGGUAGAGGUAGAGGUUGAACCACAGGUUGAGGCAAUGAGUGAUGUACAGGCUGAUGGUUUUCAGACACACUGUCAAGCAGAGCCUCAGGCUGAGGUUGAGGCAAAUGGGGAGGGAGACAUGGAUGUUGGUGUCAAUGUAGAGGCAGAGGGUGAGGUAGAGGGUGAUGGUGUGGACGCACAGGGUCAGGCUGACAUAGGAGCUUAUGAGUAUGAUGUUAGAAGUUGGAAUGUGCCCGAACAGGAUGAGUUCACUGACCAUGGAGAUAAAGUGGAAUUUGAUAUAUUUGAAGAUGAUGAUGAUAGAGAUGGGUAUGGAGAUUUUGGGAUUUUUUCAAUGCCCAAAAGUAUGGAACAAUAUAAAUGGGAAUUAAGGAAGAUUAUAGACAAGCACACAUGCAGUAGAGAUUUUAACAUCCGUUUAAUGACUUCAAAAUGGUUGAGUGGGAGUUUAGAGAAAACCAUCAAGGAGAAUCCCAAUAUUGAUUUGUAUAACCUACAAAACAAAGUUUCUAAGAAGUGGAACAUUGGUGUUUCUCGGUCUACAAUGUGUAGGGCAAAAGCAAUGGCUUUUAAACAAAUAGAAGGUGAUAUUAAGGAACAAUAUAAAAGAUUGUAUGAUUAUGCAAAUGAGUUGCUUCGAUCAAAUCCUAGUUCAAUUGUCAAACUUCAUGUUGAACCUAGUGAGGACAAUCCAAUAUUCAAGAGACUAUAUGUCUGUUUGAAGGCUUGUAAGGACAGCUUCGUUUCAUGUAGGCCUAUUAUAGGUUUGGAUGGGUAUUUCUUAAAAGGAAAAUAUGGAGGUGAGUUGUUAAUUGUAGUUGCAAGAGAUGGGAAUGAACAAAUGUGUCCUUUGGCAUACGCUGUUGUGGAGGUGGAGAAUAAGGACAGUUGGGCUUGGUUUUUACAAUUGCUCAUUAAUGAUCUUGGUGGUGUGGAGGGACUUGUACCAGCAUUACAAGAAUUUCUACCUGGUGUGGAGUGA